AAGGGGCCGGGAUUGGUUACUAGAAAACUCCGUAACGGCAGGGUUUUGGAGGUUUAGACUUCCUUUUUGGGUUGAAAAACGCCUUGUUUGUUCUUUUAAGAUUUAGGGUUUUCAAAUUCUCUUUUCUUUUGUUCCUGAAUUAGGAUUUUUGUGUAAGGCGGCUAGGGUUUUUAUUUGACCUUCAUCUGUCAUCUAUUAUAAUAUACUGCAUUCCUUCAUCUUCAUUUUUUCAUACUGCUCUUCCUUUACCUCUAGCAAACUUCCCAACAAUUUCUUGCAUUUUUUUUCCCACUUCUUUUAUUAAAUUCCAUACUUCAACUUUAAGAAUUCUCAUAGUUUUUUUCUCUUUAAACUCGUUUUACAUCCAAAUUAUCUUCUGGGUACUUUUUACUAUUCGCUGAGCAUUGAGCAUUCAUUAUCUCCAUUCUCAAGUUUUUCGUUUUGGAUUCUUUUUUAUACUGGUAAGUUUUUGUUGUUUAGUAUUUUUAUUACACAUACCGAUCUCAUUUUUUUUCUUUUUUUAAUCGGAUUGUUAUAUUCAUUGAAUUCAAUCUGGUUUUAUUAUUUUGUCAAGAAAAAUAAGUUUUCGAUUUUGAUACAAUUUUUGGAUUUCUUUAAUAAUUUGAUUGUUAUCCAUUUGAGAUUUUGUUGUCUUGCAUCUUUGUUAGGUUUAUUUGAUAGCAUUGAUCCAAUACGCUUUGGCAGUUGAUUUUUGGUAGAUUAAUUAAAAGUUAAUAGUCUUGGGAUAGAGUUGGAUUCGAUUGUAAACCUUUACUGAUAAUUGUCAAUAUGAAUUACCCUGAAUCUCGCUCUUCCUUUAUGAGAACGCCCCAAUCAACUUAUGCUGGCAGUGAUGCUAUUGGGAUUUGGCCUGAAUUUCCUAUGAAUGAUUGGCAAUUUGACCCACAUUCAGAAUUUGAACAACAACAACAACAACAAUCACCUCCCUUCAAAAGACCUAGACAUUCUGAGGACAACCAAUCGAAUAUUGUGCAAUGCACUCCUACAAAUCCCAGGAUGCCCUCAAAUCCUCCAACCAAUAAGGGGACAACUAAUAUUUUCUUCAAAACUCGUAUGUGUGCAAAGUUUAGAUUGGGUACUUGUAGGAAUGGUGAAGGUUGCAACUUUGCUCAUGGCAUCGAGGAUCUGCGUCAGCCUCCUCCAAAUUGGCAAGAACUUGUUGGCGGACGCGAGGAAGAACGCCCAUCGGGGAAUUGGGAUGAUGAUCAGAAGAUAAUACAUCGGAUGAAGUUGUGUAAGAAGUAUUAUAACGGAGAGGAAUGUCCGUAUGGGGACAGAUGUAAUUUUCUUCAUGAAGAUCCGUCGAAGUUCAGGGAUGAUAUGGGGAGGUUUAGGGAGAGUUCAGCUAUUAGCAUUGGAACAACAGCUCCUCCCGCAGGGCAUGGAACUGCAUCCGAGCAAUCAGAAGGUAAUAGGCCCUUAAACAGCAGCAGUUCAGAUCCUUUUCGAGGAAAUACGAAGCCUGUUUAUCCUGUGUAUUGGAAAACAAAGUUAUGUACAAAGUGGGAGACAACAGACCAUUGCCCCUUUGGUGAGAAAUGUCACUUUGCUCAUGGACAAGCAGAGUUGCAGGGCAUGAACGGACGCGUUGAUGGUGACUACGGGAGUACGGGUUCUGGUUUGACAAGGAUUGGUUCCGUUUCAACAAAAAUUCACAACCUUCCUGCUAAUGAUCCACCUCCAGUGACAUCAAGUGCCCCUUCUUUGGAUGAAAAAGCCCAGGCUAAAAAAUGCUUGUUCAAGUGGAAAGGACCUAGGAAAAUCAACAGGAUUUAUGGGGAUUGGCUUGAUGAUAUGCCAUUGGUACACAAUUUGCCAAGUCAGGUGGAGAGCUGAAUUCAAGUUCAAGAGCUGGCAACCUUCCUCUUUUCCCCUUAAAGCUUAGAAGUGAAUAUUAUUUGCCUAUUCCAAUUCUGUCUUAGUUGUUAGCUAUGGUGGUUUUCUUUGUUUGGUCAAAUAGGGUCUUAAAUAUAGAUUGUUAUCCUUCUUUCGUGGGGCUGAAACAAGAUCGAAUAAUUUUGAGUAUGAAGAAUCACAGCAAGAGUUCAAUCGUUUGUUAUUAAGCGUCUAGAAAUUUUGAUUGUCCAUGAAAAAUGUAGUUAAAGUUUCAUAGUAAAUGAUAAAAGCUUCAAAUAAUUGAAGCAAAAAGUGAAAUUUUGUUUUUGGGCUAAA